GUAGCACACGAUCGGUUUCACAAAACCGUCAUGUUGGCCAAGGGGUUACCGUCCCCGACUCAGGCCGACACCGCACCGAGACCUCGAGUCCGGUCGUCGUCGAGAGACAAGGACCUGUCCACUUCCUCCACCACGACCACCACCAACAUGCACAAACGGUUCCCAUCCAAUGGCAGCAUCGUGAUGCCACAACAUUUGGAACCCCUGCCGAAACUAUCGGUGACGUCGGCGUCCCAUGGGAAUUUGGUCUUGGUCGGUGAGAUGGAAGCUCUUGAAAAGUUUGAUACCAGAAUGUCUCCGCCCAAGCACAAGCUAGACAAACUCGAUGUCCCGAAGUCCCCCCCCAAACCAGACCAUAAAGUACUGCCGGUGCAGCGACACAAAUGCCUUCAGGCGAUCGCACCGACACCAAGUCUUGUUGAACACGCGAAACCGACCGAAGGGGACAGAGGAGAAGACCUGUCCACUGCCGACGACAAGGAGCAUUCAGCAGCCCCCUUGAGUCUUUUGGAGCCGCUCGACAAAUGUAUAGAUGAUAAACCUGCAUAACAUACUCGAGUUUUGAUACACUA